AUGCUGUCGCGCGCCAUUCACGAGCGAGACAUCAUGGGCCGCUUCACUGACAGCGUCGCAGUCAUGGACUGGCAGCGUGACUUGCAGCUGCUCCAUCACUUCUCGACGUACACCGCUUUGACCAUGUCCGAAAUGGACAGCAUACGUCGAUGCUACCAGGUCGCCUACCCGCGCGUUGGCUACUCGAGCAAGGCCGUCAUGCACGGCAUCCUGGGCGUGGCUGCCCUGCAUCUUGCCCAUCUUUACCUGGACCAGCGUGCCAAGUGGCUUGUCAUUUCAACCAACCACCAGAAUCGGGCCAUCAGUGGAUUCCGUUUGACAUUACCAACAAUCACGCCGGAAAACUGUGACGAGCUGUAUACCCUGUCCAGCCUGACAGUAAUGCUGCGUUGUGCAUCGCUGCCGUUCCCGUCAGAUCCCCGCCACUCGGAUCCAAUCGACGACACCUGCGAGGUAUUCAUGCUCAUGCGAGGCGUCAAUGAGAUCUUGAAAACAUCCUACGUCUGGGUCGCCCAAGGGCCCAUCUCGGCCAUGCUUGUCCCAGAAAGAGUAGGCACCUUCAUUCCAUUUGAGUCGACGGAAUUACUGCCACUGGAUGAUGUUGGCGUCCAAGAUCGUUUCGACACGCUCAAGGCCAUCGCGCUGCAUGAAUCUUUCGACCCCGCCAUACGUAGGACACUGUUGCAGUCUGUUGCUUCGCUCAGCAAUUGUUUCCGCCAGAUCAUGAUCCAACCCCCCGACCGCGAACCUGGUCUUCUCCUGAUUUGGCCCAUCCGCGUGUUCCCCGAGUUUAUCUUCCUCAUCCGUCAGAGACAUCCAGCGGCGCUGAUAUUCCUUGCCCACUGGUGCAUUGUCUUCCACAAUCACGCCAACUUUUGGUGGCUGGGUGACCGCGGACAGCGCUGCGUGAUUGCCAUCGCCGAGCAGAUAGAACCAGGAUGGAGAGACUAUCUUCAUUGGCCACUGGAAUACGUUGACGACGACAGCAAUAUUGGUAAACCGGGUGUUGUUUGA